AUGGCACCUGCCCUUGACUUUGAGGCCUCCAAUGAUCGGGAUGGACAAGGCUUGGAGGACUUGUCCGACAACAUCGAUGCUGUCAAUGUCCUCAAGGCUGAGAUCAAGAAGGAGAAAGGUAUGAUGGAGAAGUCUGAGUUCGAUGCGAACAAAGAUAAGACUCAAUUUCGGCAAUAUGAAGAUGCCUGUGACCGAGUAAAGUCCUUUUACAAGGAGCAGCACGAGAAGCAGACCGUGGCCUACAACUUGAAGGCCCGCAACGACUUUAAGUCCAACACCCGAGCCAAGAUGACUAUUUGGGAAGCCAUGGAGAGGCUAAACUCUCUCAUCGAUGAAUCCGAUCCUGAUACACAACUCUCUCAGAUCGAGCAUCUCCUUCAAUCUGCCGAGGCUAUCAGAAGGGAUGGAAAGCCACGCUGGAUGCAACUCACCGGGCUCAUCCACGAUCUCGGCAAACUCCUCUUCUUUUUCGGUGCACAAGGUCAAUGGGAUGUCGUCGGCGAUACCUUCCCAGUUGGAUGUGCAUUUGACGAGCGGAUUAUCUACCCCGAGACCUUCAAGGGGAAUCCAGACUACAACCACGAGAUUUACGGGACCAAGAACGGCAUCUACUACCCAGAAAUCGGACUGGAUAACAUCAUGCUCUCAUGGGGCCAUGAUGAGUAUCUUUAUCACAUCGUCAAGGAUCAGUCGACCCUUCCUCCCGAGGCGCUCGCAAUGAUCCGUUACCAUUCCUUCUACCCAUGGCACAGUGCUGGUGCAUAUUCGGAGUUCAUGGAUGAACAUGACCAAACUAUGUUGGACGCUGUCAGAGCUUUCAACCCUUAUGAUUUGUAUAGCAAGAGCGAUGAUAUCCCAACCGUUGAGGAGUUGAAGCCAUACUACCUUGAGCUCAUCGACGAGUUCUUCCCCAACAAGGUCAUCAGAUGGUGA